CACCUAUCAGUCUAUCGCUCCUCUACUCUGACACCAGUCCUACCCAGGAGUCCUUCCCACAGGACAUCCGUCCAUCAGGGAUACUUAUCAAUCGUGGACCAGGAGUAGAAGGAGCAGAGUGCCAAGCUUUAGUGAGCCAUCCUUGGUGUCAGAUCUAGAGGUCUUAGCAUCUGUUGGCACCGACCCAGACUUCAGAGCCUUAUGGCAGGCCUGGAUACAUAAAAUACAUAAUGGAAUUCCAGUCCACCUGGGAACAGAAAACCCCCUGGACAAUCCACGUAGUUCACCCUACAUAACUCAAGAGGAGUGGGAGUUGGACGGGAGGAUUUUAUGUUUUUAUGAUAAACAUCCAUUCACAACUCAUGUCAGGGAAACGUAGUUUAACCGUUUGACUCUUAAGCAGAAGGAAUCCUCUGGCUCACCACACCAGUGAAAGAUGGGGGAGUCUAGGCCUAAUGGAACGCUUUUUAUGUCUGUUCUGGAACUCUCAUUGUGAACUAUGGAACACUCUGGUUCACCUCUGACCCCUGACCUCAAUGAUACGACAGCCAAUGAGAGCCUGUGGUGGGGGCUGGGGGCGCCCCUCCCUUCAGCCCCUAGCAGACAGCUGGGCACCUUGCCCAACUCCCAGACACGCUUCAAGGACCUGACAGGGAUAUUCUUCAUGGUGACCCUGAACGUGGUGGCGCUGCUGGCUAACACAGCCGUGCUGGUGGUGGUGGUCAAAGCCCCGCACCUCAGGAAGUUUGCCUUUGUGUGCCACCUGUGUGCGGUGGACCUGCUGUGUGCCGUGCUGCUCAUGCCCCUGGGAAUUGUGUCCAGCUCGCCGUACUUCGCCAGCGUGGUGUUCACAGUGCUGGAGUGCCAGGUGUACGUCUUCCUCAACGUGUUCCUCAUUGCAGCCUCCAUCUUCACCAUCACGGCCAUCAGCGUGGAGCGUUACUACUACAUUGUCCACCCCAUGCGCUACGAGGUAAAGAUGACCCUGAAGCUGGCCACAGCCGUCAUGGUCCUGGUCUGGGUAGUCUCAGCCCUCCUGGGGCUGGCCACUGUGUUCAGCUGGCCGAGCUACGGCAGCCUGAGCUCCAUCAGCGCUGCCCACUGCUCUCUCCACUGGAGCCACAGCGGCCACCGCCGGGCCUUCUCUGUCCUCUUCACAGUGGCCUGUUUCUGCCUGCCCGCUGCAGUCAUCUUUGCUGUGUACUGUAACGUCUAUAAAGUGGCCCGCGUGGCGGCUAGACAGCAUGGACCGUUACCGUCCUGGACGGCCAGCCAUCUUAAACACCGCUCAGAUUCCAUCAGCAGCCAGACCACUAUCAUCACCACCCGCAACGCCCCCAGGAGGCUCCACCAAAAAAGGCCCUUUGGUGGGGGCAAGGCCGCCUUCACCCUGGUGGUCAUUGUGGGCCAGUUCCUGCUCUGCUGGUUGCCUUACUUCGCCUUCCACCUGCACCUGACUAUCAACAACCCGCCCAAGAUCCCACCUGACCUAGAGGAGGCCGUCACCUGGCUAGCGUACUCCUCCUUUACCGUCAACCCAUUCUUUUAUGGGCUGCUGAACCGCCAGAUCAGGGAGGAGCUGUGUAAGCUGCGGCGCUGCUACUCCACCCGGCUGGCCCUGUCAAGCGGCCACGAGGGCUCGGCCCACGAGAACUUCCUGCAGUUCCUCCAGAGAACCAGCUGUACGGUGGAGACCAGAGCCAGCUUCACCUGCACAUCCAGCCCCAGGAACACCCUGGACCAGACAGCGCAGCAGACAGCUGACUUCAGGAUACCUGGACAGAUACCGGAGGAGUUCAAUUAAAACGCCCCUGAUAUACUAACCUGGACCCCAGUGAUAUACUGUUACUGUAUGGACACAAGCACCUGACUGCCGAGUUAAAACUGUUAAAACACCUUUAUAUCUGGCCACUGGAAACUUAUUGACUUCGGAAAUGGCUUCGCUAACCACAGGAAUACUAGAAGCAGGAACAGCCUGGACAAGACUGGGCAGACAGCUGGGUUCAGGAUACCAGGGCAGAUACCUGAGGAUUUCAGUUAAUCAACAAUAUUCUUAGAUACGUAUGCCACUGGCACCUACUGUAGUUGACUGCUGUAAUGGCAGUGCAAACUUCCCCAGGAUCGCUGACCUAGAGCAGCAAAAUUAGCCUGGGCGUAAUCUCCCAGAGCCGUCGUAGCGUUAAGAUCAUCGCUAAGAACCUUCUUGCGAUGUAUCAUUAGCAGCGAAGGUUUUUCCCAGAGCCUUCAUUAGGAAAACUUUGCACAUGUACGAGGGAUCCAGACCACUUGUAGAGGAGCCAAAGUGCAUCGUUGGAUGCUUUUUGCCCUUCCACGUCCCUUUAUUCAUAAAAGAUCAAGAUGUUUAGGCUGUCUGCUGACUGUGACUGACAAUAACUUCAGAACGAAGUUGACUACAGAUACAAAGUUACCAAAGUAUUAGCACAUUUUACAAACAAGCGAAGGAUAAAAUGGUGCUUCAAAUGAAAACCGAGAUGACUGCAUUAAAAGAUCCAUAGCCUAUAACGGCCCAUAUAGCCUAUUUCAAUCACAUUGAAAUUAUUUCAUGUUCAAUCCCACUGGGCACAGAUGGUUCAACAUCAUUUAUUUUAAAUUACGUGGAAACAACAUUGAUUCAAUCAGUGUGUGCCCAGUGGGAUCAAUUUAGUUAUAUUUUGCCUCAAUGUGUUUCAUGAUGUGUGACAACAUUUGUACAAUGAUGUGCCCAAUCUGGGAUUCAGUGCAUUAUUAUUGGGUAAGCAUAAUAAGCUGCCUCAAUAGCUUAUUUACAGCCAUGGGUGGUAAUAUCUCUCUAGUAGCUGAUCUGUUUUCAGUAUUUUGGAAUAGUUCUCAUGUUAAGAUAUGAUUUAAAUGGAGAAAGCUGAUUCCGAGAGCAGCGCUGCUUUUCAUUGGAUCCUAUCACUAUCGACACGUGGUCUAGCGACGCCCUUGGCGAACAUUCUCUUAACGUGAUUGUUUAGGAAACGCAAUUAAAAAGUUGGUUCGUAAAUAACGAUACAUCUGAUAUGAUCGUCAUAAUGCUUAAGUUACAGUACAUCGCAACUGGGAAACGAGGCCCCGGUCCCAGAUCUGUUUGUGCUGUCUUGACACUCCUAUUGUUAUGCCUGACAAUGACCGUUGUUUCCACGUCAUUUCAACCAAAAUAUUAAAUGUGAUGACGUUGAAUCAACAUGGAAAACUGAUUAGUCCAAUGAAUGACAGGGUGGCAUUUUUGGUUAAUUUCACAUUGAAUUCACAUUAGUUGACAACUUAACUAAAAUGUAAGUCAAAUCUAGAUGUUGUACUGACAUCUGUGCCCUGUGGGAGACCACAUCAAUGUCAGUCCAGUGGAGCAACCGUAUGGCCCCCUACACACUGCCCUUAAAACACACAGAGACAGGCCUUCUGAGUGGUGCAGAGGUCGAAGGCACUGCAUCGCAGUGCUACCUGUGCAACU